UAUCCCUUACUAAAUCUACCCUCUGAUUAUCUUCUUACUUCAACAAACGGCAAACCAAAGAUCAAUUUUCCCGCUAUUACCAUAUCUGGUAUCAACUUUCGGAACCCUAAUGUAUCAAGCUCAUUUUAUAUAUAUCCAUUUUUAAGCACUUGAAUUUUUCUGUAAUGACAUGGUGAAUUCCCUCCCUACGAUUAUCAAUGGCUUUCGCGGCCCUUGGACUUGUAUUGAGGACUCACCUGAUACUUCCUCGCCCUCUGGUGUUCUGUGCCCGAAAGGUACGGCACUGCGGUUCUAUUGCGGCGGCUGAACCGGUUGCUAAACAUGGAAGAGAAUUAGUUGGGAGAAAUAGCAAGGGACAUGAAUGGAAGAAGUUGAAUUCUGAAGAACUAGGGAUCGAGACAUGGAUGAUAUCGAAGCCAACACGGGUGGUACUGAAUGGGCUAAGGAAAAAAGGGUAUGAGGUCUACCUUGUUGGAGGUUGUGUACGAGAUCUUAUCCUGAAGAGAACUCCAAAAGACUUUGAUAUCAUUACUUCAGCUGAACUUAAGGAGGUCCGUAAAACAUUUGCACAAUGUGAAAUUGUUGGAAAACGAUUUCCCAUAUGCCAUGUUCAUGUCAGUGAUACCAUUGUGGAGGUUUCGAGUUUUAGCACCUCUGUAGGUAAUUCUAGUUGGAAGUUCACUAAGUAUUUCAGUAAACCUUCUGGCUGCAAUGGGCGUGAUUAUAUUCGCUGGAGGAAUUGCUUACAGCGGGACUUUACCAUUAACGGGUUGAUGUUUGAUCCAUAUGCAAAGAUAGUGUACGAUUAUAUGGGAGGGAUGGAAGAUAUUAGAAAAGCUAAAGUGCGCACUGUGUUACCUGCAAAUCUUUCUUUUGUGGAGGACUGUGCUCGCAUUUUACGUGCGGUCAGAAUUGCAGCCCGUUUAGGAUUUCGUUUCACUAGAGAGAUAGGUCUUUCUGUAAGAGAAUUAUCUUGCUCAGUGUCACGACUUGAUAAGGGAAGGAUCCUUAUGGAGAUGAAUUAUAUGCUGGCAUUUGGGUCUGCAGAAGCUUCCUUGAGGUUAUUAUGGAGAUUUGGACUUUUAGAGAUACUUCUACCUAUCCAAGCAUCAUAUUUUGCUUCCCAAGGUUUUCGGAGACGUGAUGAGAGAUCUAACAUGCUUCUUUCUUUGUUCUCCAACCUUGAUAAACGUGUGGCACCUAAUCGGCCAUGCCAUUGUAGCUUAUGGAUCGCUAUCUUAGCAUUCCAUGAAGCUCUGGUUGACCAGCCUCGUGAUCCAUUGGUUGUUGCUGCUUUCUGCCUUGCGGUCCACAGUGGUGGAUCGUUGUUUGAAGCUGUAGAAAUUGCGAAGAAGAUCUCCCAACCUCAUGGCCCAAGCUUUGAUGAAUUAUUAGAACCUGAAGAUCUAGACUUUGAUACUGCAUUGGUGGAUCAGGUUAUUUAUCUUGCAGCAUCAGUCAAAACUGUAUUACACAAGAUGAGAGAUCAGUAUUAUGUUUCUCAAGCAAUGUCCAAAUACCCACAAGCACCAUGCUCAGAUCUGGUUUUUAUCCCAUGGGCAUUGUCGCUGAGGGUAUGCAAGAUUUUUGAUUGUGUCAGAAGGGGUAUGGAAAGGGGAUCUGUCCCCAAACGGGGGGAAAAGAUUAACUACGAGUCUUUGGCAUUGGGGAGCUUGAAGGAGGUUCGACAUACAUUUGCAAGGAUUGUUUUUGACACUAUUUACCCUCCUAACCAAAACCAAUUUUCUAAAUGAAGAAUUUCCUUACUCAAAUAAUAUAAUAUGACUCAUAACCAGAGGAAAAAGAGUUUUGAGUCACUCAUGCUGUGUUCUCUCUCUUGGUAACAUGUAUUGGGAUUGAGUUAAGAGGUGAUGCCAUGUAUUUAGUCGUGCUGGCUUUGCAGUUAGAAAUCAGCUCGCAGCCAAGAAUUUCCAAGAUCGAUGAUGAUAAAGAGUACUUGGCUUUUGGCUUUGUUACCAUUCUCCAGUUUCAUCUGACAUAAUCAAACCAAGCGGUGUGGUCUGUGGACACAUUUUGUUUCACAGUGAUUUAUGGUCGUAUGGGGAAGAAGCGUAUGAAGUAGCAAUUUCACGACGCAUUGAAAGUUGGAUGUUUUCUUACUUACUAGACAUGGAAGGAUUCAACGAGCUUUGAGGCAUGAUAGGAAACGUCAUUGAUGUGGUCGGUAUUUGUAUUGAAGGAAGAAAAUGAGGGACUGUCGGAUAUCAUGCUGUAAACGUUUUUCUCUAUUUUCACCGACAGGAGAGAAAAGGCUCCAAAAUUUGAAACUCA